AUGGUGAUGAAAGUGGAACCACCUUUCCCUCCCAUCCCCAUCUCCCCAACCUGGAAACUCUACAACAAUCCCUUUUAUAUCUUCCACCAACAACAACCUCACACCCAAAUCCACACGCUCCACCUCCCUAUAUCAUCCCGCAAAAUCGCAGCAUCCUUCUCCGACCUAUCCUUCAUCAAGCCACACAUGGACUCUGAUGAGCGCAAAGCUCGCAAGAAGCGCCUCGCGCGGGAGCUGGCCGAGAUGGUGAAGAUGAAGAGAGACAUGGAGGAGGAGAGGAAGAUGCUGCGCACGGCAGAGGAGCGCCUGCAGAUGAAGGUCUCCCAGCUCCAAAUCAAAAAUGGAGAUGAUCAGAGGAAUUCUUUGAUGACGAAGGAGGCUGAGAAUCCGCAUAUAAAGAGAGGGAUAAAGGGGUUUGUGGAGUUUCCGAAGGUGGUGAAAGCGAUCGGUUGCACAAGUAGUAAGCAUUUGGGGAGCAAAUUGGAGUGUCAGAAGGCGCAGCUCAAGAUACUGCUCAAGCAGAAAGGGCCACUCAGGUUUAGUGGCCUUAUUGCUAGAUGA